AAAAACCGAAAAUAGAAAAUCAGAAACCUCUCUCUUUGAUAUUCGAUCUCUCACGGCGGCGAGCUCUUCCGUAGGCUCUGAUUUCCUUCUAUCAUAUCUGGCGAAGAACACUGUCACCAUUUCCGACCAAAAAUACUGUCAUCAUCUCCAAUGAAGCGCACGAAGAUUUGAUUCUCCAACAACGCCAUUUCGAGAAAAUAUAAUCAAAAUUACAAGGAAAUAAUCUCAGGAAGCUUCAUUUAUAGAGAGUUCGUGACCUUCUCUUUUGGUCAACCCAUCCCGAUCCGCCUAACCCAUCCCGAUCCGCCUCGCCCGAAUCAAUUUUUUGAUUCAAAAAAUCGACCGUAAACAAAAAUUCUUAUGUCUGCACCGCUCCUCUAAAAUCCGCGGGUAACCCGCCAAACCCGGGGUUGGCGGAUACCCGCAACUAUAAUUUGACUGACCCGCAUCCGUCCCGCUUAAAGUAAUUUCAAUCCGUACCUGCACUCGCAAUUCAAAAUUUCCAAAUCAUUCGACUCGCACCUGUCCUGCGGCGGAUCAAACGGGGUGGAAUCCACGGGGAAUCUCUAUAGUUACGUUGAGUGAUAUCAAGCAGGCCGGCCCGGAGGGUAGGCAGUAUAAGCGACCGCUUAUGGGCCCAAACAUAUAUCUCGUUUUUUCUUCAAGGGCCCAUGAAACCUAUGGACCGGAGCUGGUGAUAUGGAGUGAAGUGCUCAGGUGAAAGAUGGGAGAACACUCAAGAACUGUUGCGGUUUGUUCACUUUCUGUGUUGCUCUUGUUGUUUCUUUCCGCCUCUUCUGAGAGCAAUGACGGAACACUCAGAGUCAGUCUGAAAAAACUGAAGUUGGAUCCUAACCAUCGACUUGCCACACGCUUUGGUUCAAAGCAAGAAAAGGCCUUUAGAUCUUCUUUAAAUGAGUUCCGUUCUAACAACAACUAUCUUGGAGAUGCUGGAGAUGCUGGAGAUGCUGACAUCGUUGCGUUGAAGAAUUACUUGGAUGCUCAGUACUAUGGUGAGAUUGCUAUUGGUACUCCACCGCAGAAGUUCACAGUGAUUUUCGACACGGGAAGCUCUAACCUUUGGGUACCGUCCGGGAAAUGUUAUUUCUCGCUGUCUUGUUUCUUCCAUGCCAAGUACAAGUCCUCGCGUUCUAGCACUUAUAAAAAGAGUGGAAAACGUGCGGCAAUCCAUUACGGCUCUGGAUCAGUCUCUGGUUUCUUCAGUUAUGAUGCUAUCACGGUUGGUGAUUUAAUUGUCAAAGAUCAGGAGUUUAUUGAGGUAACCAGUGAGCCAGGUUUAACUUUCUUGGUGGCUAAGUUCGAUGGUCUUCUUGGUCUUGGAUUCCAAGAGAUUUCUGUUGGAAACGCCACUCCUGUUUGGUACAAUAUGCUCAAGCAAGGUCUUAUCAAGAAACCGGUCUUUUCAUUUUGGCUUAACCGUGACCCAAAGAGUGAAGAAGGUGGUGAACUUGUAUUUGGUGGUGUUGAUCCAAAGCACUUCAAAGGUGAACACACAUAUGUUCCUGUAACACAAAGAGGUUACUGGCAGUUCGACAUGGGUGAAGUUCUCAUUGCUGGUAAAUCUACCGGGUACUGCGGAAGUGGUUGUUCUGCAAUAGCAGAUUCUGGGACAUCUUUACUUGCGGGGCCAACUGCUCUGAUUGCCAUGAUAAACAAAGCUAUUGGAGCAUCUGGAGUUGUUAGCCAGCAAUGCAAAACUGUUGUCGAUCAGUAUGGACAAACUAUUUUGGAUUUACUUUUAGCUAAGGCUCAACCAAAGAAGAUCUGCUCACAGAUUGGUCUUUGCACAUUCGAUGGCACCCAUGGAGUCAGCAUGGGGAUUGAGUCGGUUGUGGACAACGAAAACACAAAAUCAUCUAGUGCUCUCCGAGAUGCUGGUUGUGCCCCAUGUGAAAUGGCGGUUGUGUGGAUACAGAGCCAGUUAGCGCAGAACAUGACUCAAAAGCGUAUUGUGAACUACAUUAAUGACAUAUGCGAACGCAUGCCGAGUCCUAAUGGAGAGUCCGCAGUUGACUGCUCACAACUCCCUAAAAUGCCUACUGUUUCAUUCACCAUUGGAGGCAAAGUCUUUGAUCUAGCGCCAGAAGAGUAUGUACUGAAGAUUGGAGAAGGAUCAGUUGCACAAUGCAUCAGUGGCUUUACCGCGCUUGACUUGCCUCCACCUCGUGGACCUCUCUGGAUACUGGGAGAUGUGUUUAUGGGAAGAUACCACACUGUCUUUGACUUCGGCAACGAGCAGGUUGGCUUCGCAGAAGCUGCCUAAACAAAAAACAACCUCGGUUCGGUUUCUUUUGUUAUGUGUUUGUAUGAAAGCUUUUGUUGCGUCUUGUGAAACAUCUUCGCACUUGUUGACUUGAGUUAAACCCUCUCCCUUCUCAGCUGACUUGUGUUACACUUUCUCCUGUAAAUAUUCCGAUGCUAAGAGUAUCUAAAAAAGACAUUCUAUU